UUUCACGCUGGAGCAACAGACACGGCAAUGGAAGGCAUUUGGCAAUGGGUUUCUGACGGAUCUCUGGUCCAAGGAUACUUAGGCUGGGACUUCUUCCAUCGUUGGUAUCAGGACGGAGGCAGAGGCUCGAACUGUCUGCUGCUGUUUGCUCAACGCAAAUAUCUGUGGCAUGACGAGCUCUGCAACAAUAAGGCACAUUCUAUCUGUGAAAUUGAAAAUUGAGAACCUUGAUAUGUUUGCAGUCUGUGUGCAGAAUCUGCUUACUUAAGGAAAAAGAAGUUGUAAAAUCAGAUGUAAUUGUAACCAGAUACCUUACGCUCACCUUGUACACGAGACUCUUUGUGUUCACAAUAAAUCAUCUGAUCUCACCUUGCAUGAAUGAAAUGGUUGAUUUUUA